UUUCCAAAAAUUCGAUAUAGCUGUCAAAUUUCUCUGAAUUUAAAAUGCGUUUUCUGACUUUGUACAACAUCGGAUUAUGAAUUUAAAAGGAUACAUGUAAAGAAAUAGUCGCAGGACUUUGAUGCUAGUCACAAUCUGAGAAAAAAUCAAAAUGGCGUCCAUGGCCUCGAUGCACAACUCGAUGAAUUUCAUUGGUGGAAUCAGCAUCCUGGAUCGUGGUGAUGCGCCGGCGCAGGAAGUCCUGGACCGGAACGCACGGACCCACGCCAAGCGUGUUUCUAAUGAGACAAAAGAAGAACUGACACAGGUUAUGAAGAGAGUUGAUAAUGUGUGCGACUCCUUCGAGGAGGGUGACCUCCCUGAGACAGGGACACUGAGGCAGUCAAUCUAUGAGGGAUUUGACCUUCAGGAGACGUUGAAUGAGAACAACCGUCUGGCGAAUACGGAAUACGUAACGGAUGUGAUUGAACUUGAAGAAAUUCUGAAGGACAACUUGAAAAAGAAACAGUACCAGCAACAAGUGACCAUCUUUAUAGUCGGCUACGAGAAUGCCUGCAUCCAAAAACUCAAGUUGCUGCAGCAAGUCAAUGAGUUCUUUGUCGAGAACACCAAAGACGAUGAAGACGUGGAUGUGUAUGCCACCGAACAGGAAAUCGACCUGGACGAAGUCUCCUCCUCCAUUGAAGAGUCCCUACAAUAUACGGAACAACUCGCAAACAAGCUUGGCGAUAUCAACUCAGAUAUCGUGGAAUACCUGACGAAUUAUGCCCAUGCGAAGGCCAGCAACAAGGGUAAAAAGAAGUUGGAGAAGGCCCUGUACCAGGCCAAGGAGGACAUUGGUAACCUUAGUGAGAAACUGCUGCAUACACAACAAGAAAUUGAGGAGAAAGAAGAAAAGAUGCAGCUUCUCUAUCGUCAGACUGAGAUGAAGAAUAUGGAGAUUCAGCGUUUGAAACUGGCUGCGGAUGCUGCAAAGAAAAGCUUAGAAGACUCCGAAAGCCUCAAGACUGAGUUAGGUAAUCGUGACAACCUGAUCCGAGAGCUGCGGACGAAGGUCGAUCAGUUGACGAUCGAGAAGGACACGAUGGAGGCUGCGAGGGGCGAACUUCUUAAUCGCCUGAAGGAUGCUGGAGAGGACAACUUGGGAAAGAUUGAGGACCUUCAACGAGAAAUGGAUCGCCAAUAUUUGGAGGCGGAAAAUGCCAAGAAAGAGGGCUCUGUCUCCGCAUCAACGCAGCCUCACUCUGAAAACACACAUCAUCAUUUCCAUUUAAACUCUGCGAACGCUCGUCUUAAGCGUAUCGACAAAAAACUCGGCCUUUCAACGAGUCGGGACGAGUCAGAGUCUGAAUCGGACACAGAAAUACCACAGCCUGAUACCGUCAGGAACAUUUCCUCGAGAGAAAUCAAGAGGCCCGUUACCAAAUCGAUUGCCUUCCCCGUCAAGCCGGUCCUUCUUCCCGGGGUCAGCCCUGUCCAGCGAUCCGACUCUGAAGAAAGUUUUUUCAUCACCAGUCAACCUAUACAGGGGUCAAGGCCAAAUUCUGUCGCAAGGUCAUCUGAAAGGUCAACGCCGCGUACCAGUAGGACACCGGUGGAGAAACAUCGCGAGAUCCUGACCUACGAACGCGUCAAGCAUCUUCCAAAGCGUCUGCCAACGCCUCCGUCGUUGCCACGGAUACCGAAUUCUCGAAUCGGAACUCCGGCGAGGUAUCUGAUCACGACGCCGCUGCUGUCGCGCCCACCGACUCAAUGUGGCGCCGUCUUUGAUGCAAUAGCGGAAUUAUCAAGUCACGAUGAUUCCUGCGAUUUUGAUUUUAGUUCGGUUGCGAGUGAUGACAGCGUUGGAAUGAAAAGGGACGCAGAUAUUUUGGUUCUUGACGGGGAAGAGUAUGGGGUGUUACCGCUGGGAGAAGCUGAGGUGCAAGGGUUGGAUGAUGAGUUGGCGGGGAGCAACCUGAUUGGGGGUCGCCAAGCAGAGGAGUGCGAUUCAUCUGAUACGAAUUGCAGUGAUGAAAGUGAGAGUGAAGAGAGCGAUGGGGAGUUGGGAAUUGAAGCAGGGACUGGUGGGAGGUUGGGAAUUGAAGGAGAUGUCGGUGAUGAUCCUGAUAAUGAGGAGAGGAUUGAUGUUGUGGAUGCUGUCAGUGUCAGAAAUGGCUCAAAGGAGCUGAGGUCGUCUGAAGAGAAUUCCUUGGAUUCCAAUUCCGAAAGUGAAACUCUACCUGAGGUCGCAACAAAUCCAAUGUGUGAUGAAAAUAACAAAGUUGAUCAUGACGGACCAAACAAGAGUAUCGUUCCCAUGGAAACGGAUGUAGUUACCAAGGAGACUGAUGUUGCCAUAGCAACCAGUGCAGUUGUCAAGGAAACUCCAGUUACCGAGGUUGUUGAUAAUUCUGAGACAUCGUCUUCUGAAACUGAUACUGACUCGGAGGAAGAGAGUCACAUGACUGCUUCAACCUCGUCCACAGAUUCCAGCGAUACUUCAGAUUCAGAUUCGUCUGGUCCGAGGUCAAGGUCGCGUCCAUCAAAGGUCAGGUCAGUGCAGAGUAACAGCCAGAAAGGUCAGCAGGCAAGGGAAGGUCACUCGGUCGGGAAGGGGUCGCCCGAUGGAUCAAGAUUGAACGGGACGUCACGAAAUGUGUCCGCUUCCUUGACAGGUCAGAGGGGGGCGCUGUGCAUGCAGGUGGAUGCGCAAAGACCUUACACCAGUGGUGGAUCUGGGUUCAAAGAUCAGGCUGUCUGGUUUCGGGCAGACGUAAGGAAGGAUGGAAGGAAAAUUGGAUUUGAGAGAAAUGGUGAAACAGAUUUGAAAAAUGUCUGGGGUGGAGUUGGACAGAAGACAACUUUGUCUCCAGGUAGAAAGUCUUCAAAUGGAUUUCGGGAGGCAUCUGUGAUGCAGGGGCCAUUGACAACAGUUCGUAGGCCAUCAGCGCCGGUUGGGAAGACGUCUACAAGUGGGGAUGUCCUUAGAGAUCUCGGCAGAACAGAAAAUGACUCAAAAUUGGGUCAAGACGUUAGAAAUUCAAAUAACAAUCGCAAUAAUUCGAUACCCGUUGGACAGGGCGGCUUAACAGCUACUAACAAAAAGGUUAUAAAGGAGAAGACGAUCGCUGAUAAGAAGGGUAGUGCGCACCAUGUGCCAGUGCCCCCUAUUGGUCGGAGGGGUAGUGGAACAUAUGACGCGGGGCAAAAGUUUGAGAAGUCAACUAGAGGUGGCGCACUUGAUGCUGAGACAAAGUCUACACGGGACACUAUCUCUUCAGGCCGAGUUCUGAAGGAACUGAGAAAUUUGAUCCGUUUCCAUGAAGACCAGACGAUACAAAUGAGUAAAUCUCAUCAGCAAAAGACGGAUGAACUUGAAGAGGAACACGUACUGGAGACGAAGCAUCUCAAGGACAAAGUGAAAGAUCUUACUGAACAGCUCGAAGAUGAAAAGAGAAAAAAUGUGGAGCAAGAGUUACAAAUCGAGGAACUCAAAACAGCAUCCACUAACCUCUCUGAAACAAAAUCGCAACCCGCAAAAACGAAAACAAAACCGAAACCUGUGCGUAAUAUUCCAAAGUUUAAAACGCGGGACUCUCGUCCGAAUACCAAUAACUCCAAAUCCAAAAAGAAAGGAAAGGGGGCAUCACCGUCCGAGAAUGAAGAAGAAGAAGAAGCUGAUAAGAGUCGGCCGGCAAGUCACAAAUCACUGCAGCAGGUCAAGGAGGAGGUCAUGACCUUUGACUACAGCUACGACCUUGAUGCUGAGGAAAUGUGGGCCGAUGUGCCUUCGAAUCACGUCCUGGGGCGCUUCACUCAGUUUAGGGAGUUGGCCCGUGCGCGGAUCUCUGAGUUAGAGGAACAGCUGUCGGACACGAUUCUGAAAACACAACGAAAAGUCAACACCCUCAAGGGCCAGUUUCAGGAGCACAAGUCAAAAUGGGAGGCCGAACGUAACGUUCUAAUCGAACAAAUUGACCAAUCGCAGAAGUUACAGAAUGUCGCGGAAAAAGAGGCGGACGUCGCUAUGGCCCAACUUGAAGAUUUCAUCAAUGAACAAGAAGAAUUGGAAGUUGCCGAGGACGAGAAGCGUAAAAGCCGGGCCAGUGCUACACCAGCGCCACCAGUGGUGGCGACACCAGACGUCGGCGAACAGCCGGAGAAUUUACAGGAAGUGACCGAGGACGCGGAGGGGGAAGACUUGCUGGAACAGACGGAUGAUGCUAAGGUGAAGGAGCUCCACGCCAAGUUGAAAGAAAAAGAUGAAGACGAGAGGAGACAGACCCCAUCGCCUGUCGGUCCAGGAAAGAUGCCGAACCAACCUCACCCCAUGGUCGAUUAUGCCUCCGAUACCAGCGCAAACAUCGUCACAUCGGCCAGACGUCUUUUAGAAUACGAAGGCUUCUACUCUUAUCUCAAAGAUGGCGCCACUGUCAACUGGGUUUCAGACCCGUCGGAAAAAUACUUAGAGAUCUCGCCGAUUCAUCAAAGACGUCGUUUAUUGAUCGUCGGCGAGAAUUGGGAAGUUGCUAAAAAGCGGAAUCGGGCGAUGGUUAAGAAGUUGAACGAGAUUAGGCAGCGGGCCGAUUCUCUGACGAGGCAGAAGUUCAGCCAUUUUGUUUCUAGAAAGCCGAUUUUGGAGCGUGAUGGGGGUCAUCCGUUGGAAAGUGAGCAUGUAUCGCAGCGGGUUAGGGGUCAUCCAUUGGAGUGUGGUAGGGAGCAUACAUUGCAGCGUGAUAGGGACCAUUCAUUGGAUCCUGAGGGGGACCGUAUUCUUGAUCCCGUGGUACCAGAUCGAGGUCAAGCGAUUGUCGGUAAACAUGGCGAGACUACGCCGUCUAGCCGAGAAACGAUUCGGAGCAAGUAUCGGGAAUCCCUCGAAGAAACGCGAUCCGCCAUCGCGGAACGUCGCUCAAAAUCGCCCGCGCUUUCCGUGAAAUCGAUGAAGUCGAGCCUCGACGAUAUGGAGAUCGAUGAAAACGGCGACAUGCCGUUCCCGGAGGAUAAGACGUUCGCCGAUAUCGGGACGUCUCCGAUGACGCAGAAGGGCGAUGCGACGCCUAGUAGCAGCAUCCUCAGGCGGCCGCUCUCACUCCAAUCCCAUAGUGCACAGUCCGUCUUCCCGCCAGCCAAUGAGAUCGUCCGAUCAGAAACGGCGGGAUCGGCGCUGACCUCUCACACAAACUCGCUGCGGACGACACCUUAUAACAACCACACCACGACCUUGGCGAGUACGCCAGACCUUGACCGUAUCAAAACGCCAAAUUUAGACGAUUUUGCUCCGGACGACAAUGGGAAAUCUCUGACGUUGGCAGAACACCCUGUAGUGCAGGAAUACCUCAAGACGUACGAUACAGUCAUGGCCUUCAAAGACACGCUGGGGAAAAUUCUGGCUGAGAAAGAUAUGACCUCAGCCGGCCAGGUCCUUACGGAGAUGGAGCCGUACGCCUUCAAUGUGGCUGAGAAGGUCCAGCCGCAGGUCGAAGAUAUGACGCGGAAUGUGGUCCAGAUCUUUGAGGAAAUGCUGCAGAUGUUAUCUGGUGUCAUCUUGAGCAAGGGGCCUUACUCCGUCGACGGAGCUCCGGAGCGUUCGUUUCUAACCAAGACGGAUACGGGUCACACGCUCUCGAGAAUUUCCCGCCAUUCGAGUGAUAGCGUCGGUGAUGCCAAGACGGCCGCCCAGAUAAAGGACCUACAGGAACAACUAAUGAAACUAGAGAUGAUGAUGGGAAGCCAAAAGGAACAGUAUGAGGAAAAGCUUAACCAUAACACAGUCGUCAUGAUGGAGAUGCAAGAUACCAUCAACGGUCUACGACGCGAGAUGUCAACUAUCGGCAUCCAGACGCGGACGCCGUCUGCCGCGCCAUUACAGCCAGUCGGCUCGCCGAUCAUGUUCACGAGGCUCGAUUCAGAGAGGAACUCGAAAGUCAUGAAGAAAGCCGUGAUGACCAAGAAGUUAGAGACGAAAAAAUAUCAGGCGGCCGUCGAAAAAAUGGAUGAGUACGUCAACAUUCCUGCUCAGCGCUUGGCGCAUCUUGUACGAAAAUACACCCACCAUUGUCAAAUGAAAGCAAUUGAAGCGAAUGUGCGGUUGAGUCGGAGUUUGAACGACGAAGUCUUCCAUAUUCUCGACAAAAUGGAGCAGUUGCAGAAUCGCCGAGCGCAGAAAUGGGCGGAGAGAAUGGACGGGAUGGGCUCGGAGAGGUUGCGUCUCGCCCAGCUGCUGAUGGAAGUCCUGGACGACAUCGAGAUGGAGUCGGGGAUAUUUUUGAUAAAGCCGAUGUACUCGUAUAAGGGGAGGGAAUAUCUCAACUUGUACGCAAACCGACAAUCGCGAGCGCAUUCGCAAAAGUUCCGUACAGCGAGCCCGUUGCCCACUGCCCGAACGAAUGCUUCAAGUCGGGCGUUCGGGCUUGCACCCGCACCAACCCCAGCAUCACAACUGAAACACGACAGGGAAAUGGAGUCUGUUAUGCGGGAGGAAGUUGGGAAGUUAUACAGCCAGAAGACGGAUGAUGGGAUAUCUGGGGCGUCGCUCGGAUAUGUCACGGGCGAGAAGACGGGUGGAAUGUGGAAUUCCUCACUGUCUCAACCCAAGGCCCUGACAGAAGACAAUCUCCUCUUCCAGUCAUCGAUCCUGAAUACUCCAAGAAUACUAGAACUAGAUGUCAACAGGAUGAUGAUUGGGCAGAAUCAGAUCAGUGCGAAGAUGCGUGGAAGCCUGGGGGACGAUCGCCUGAUGAAUGCAACGCAGACAAACCUACGAAACUACGUUACGGUAACGCGGCCAACAAACUCAUCGACUCCUAAGAAAGAGCACCCGAAAUCUGGGAGUACCACCGUGCCACCCACCACACCGUAUAUGGAUCGCAAAGGUUCGGGAGAUGGCCACCGGGGGGCGUUGCCGCGAGAUACGGUACCCUUGCCACCAAUAAGUCCGACCAUUUUGAAAGAGAAGACGGGGACAAAAGACGUACCCAGCCUUCCAACCAGUCCUCCCCGAAGCCCUCCCGGGUCCUCUCUCCGAGAAACGCCACCCCAAAUAAUGGAGAUAACGGUAGAAGCGGAAAUCCCGCCAGAACGUGUCGCCAUGGAAACGGAGGAAAACAUUACGAAUAAUAACGAGGAGAUGACUUACAGUCAUAUUACGAAGGUGAUUACGCGGUCGUCAUCUAAGCAGAGCGUUAAUACAUUGGAGGUUGCGGAAUCGGAUUAUUAUGCGGAUGGGGACGAGGAUUAAAACGAUGUUGGAGGUCGCAGAAUCAGGCCUUAUGCGGAGAGAGAUGGGAAUUUGGGACAUUUUGGACAUUGUAGCUGUGUGGGGGGGAUUUCUAAUUGUGGACAUACAUGUACAUGUUCGUACUGAAUAUAGAUUUCAACAGUGCUCGUGGUAGAUAGAUAUAUAGAUGCUAUUAACACCUUCAGCGCCGAACCACGUAGAUCUACGUGGCCCAAAUCCCCCUUCUUUGAGCUGGUCAUCGGAGUCUCAUGGACUUCAUGAAAGAACUACGCCAUCGCCAUCUUCAGGGUAACAGAGGAACUGAAAAGACAAGAAGAGGUCUUUCCAGUUCCUCCCUUGCCCUGAAGAUGGCGAUGGUGUAAGUUCAGAACACUUCACGAAAGAACUACGCCAUCGCCAUCUUCAGGGCAAGGUAGGAACUCUUCUUGUCUUUUCAGUUCCUACCUUGCCCUGAAGAUGGCGAUGGCGUAGUUCUUUCAUGAAGUCCAUGAGACUCCGAUAGCCAGCUCAAAGGGGAGGGGAUUUUGGGCACGUAGGUUCGGCGCUGAAGGUGUUAAAUGCCAAGUUUCAUCAAAUUUGCACGCAUAGUAACCGCACAACGACACUGUUUAUAUCUAUUUUCCUGUGCCACUAGAAAAUACAAUGAACUCGAACUAUAAAGGCCUUUGAAGCUAUCCGUCCAACCAUUUAUGUGAUACAUUUGUAUUUAUAUGAAAUUAUAUGUUUUGUUUUUUAACUGUCUUCAGUGAGAACGUGGGAACCAUUUGUUUGAACAAACUAAGACCCUGUAUCACGACAGCAUGAGAAUAGAUCGAAUCUUUAAAGGGGGACUAUAGGCAGGAGAUAGGGGACAAAUCGGCAGUCUUUAGAUUAUUACAAUGGAAUCCCCCUAAGCGGACACCUCUUUAUUAAGGACAUAGUUUUGGUCCCAAAUUGGUUGGUUGUUUACAAAGAAAAGGAGAGACCUCUGUUGGUGGCUUGGUGUACUUCGAUCAAACCUGGUCGUAGCCCCCCUUUAAGUUUGUGCAUAUUGUUUUGUUCCAUACUAUAGAGCUGUGAUAGUGUAUGAAACUGUUUACAUCGAACUUAAACCGUCCAGUGAUUUUUAAG